AUGGAGGAAGAUCCCGACGAGGAACCGCAUGGACAUAUCACAUCGCUGGCUGUAAAACGAUCUUAUAGGAGACUUGGCCUUGCACAGAAGUUAAUGGAUCAAACAGCUCGCGCUAUGGUUGAAACUUUCAAUGCUCGCUAUGUUUCCCUCCAUGUACGAGUGAGCAAUAGAGCAGCAUUAAACCUCUAUCAGAACACACUCAAGUUCACUGCUAGUGAAGUGGAACCCAAGUGA